AUGGGCCUGGUUGAUGCAUCGUUUAAGCCCGUCUCUAACGCGGACAGUAUCAUUGGAGCAAUGUCUGGUGUGUUUCAAGCUGGAGCUGUCAUCAAUGUGUUCGGUACGGCAUGGCUGGCCGACAGGUAUGGGAGGAAAUCGGCACUGCAUUGGUGUUCGUUUCUCUCCUUGAUCGGCGGCGCGCUACUCUGUGCCUCAACAAGUUCUACCAUGUUCAUCGUGGCCCGUCUUUUUGCAGGAGCUGGCGCCUGGGGCACCUUGGCCGUUGUUCCAAUCUAUACGGCCGAGCUUGCCCCUCCGCGGCUGAGAGGUCUCAUGGUGGGGCUAAACGGGGUGAACAUCGCCAUAGGUUAUGCCCUGGCCACGUGGAUGGGACUAGCAUUUUACUACGUUGACAGUCCGGCGGCUCAGUGGCGUGCGCCAUUGGGCAUUUCUUUGGUCUGGCCUCUGGUCAUGAUUGGAGUUUGCUUCAUUGUGCCAGAAUCACCAAGAUUUCUCCUUAUGAAGGGAAGAGUCGAAGAGGCAAGGCAUAUCGUGCUUAAGCUUCACUCGAUCAAGGGCGACACGCGGCAAGAAUUCGCACGAAGCGAGUUUUACCAGAUGGUCAAACAGGCCGAAGUGGAUCGUCAGAUAACUCCAGGUUGGGUUGAGCUCUUUCGGAACCCAAGUUAUCGAAAGCGCGUCUUCAUGGCGGCCGCUUAUGCGUGCUUCGUUGCUCAAGUUGACGUUCAAUUAGGUCCGACAAUAUACGCGGCGCUGGGCUACGGCACGGAAAAACAACUUAUUUUACAGAGUGGAUGGGUGGCCGUAGGUAUCGUCGCCAACCUCCUAGGCGCAGUAAUUAUGGACCACGUCGGUCGAAAGCCCCUCUUGCUGUUGGGUCUCGGAGGCUGCUGUGUCUGCUUGAUAAUUGAAGCAGCCAUGGUGAGCUCGUUUGCAGAAGCUGGAACCAACAAGGCUGGCUUGCAGAUGGGCGUGGCUGCGACCUACCUGUUCUUGUUCAUCUACAGCUUGGGUGUUGAUGUGGCUGGAAUCGUCUUCUACAGCGAAAUCUUUUCAAACCAUCUUAGAGCUCGCGGUCUGGCCUUCACAAUUGCCGCUCUUGGCCUUACAGAUCUGCUUUUUCUCCAGGUCGCUGCCACUGCCUUUAGGCACAUCGGGUGGAAGUUCUACUUGGUCUUUAUCAUCCUAUCUGCGAUAGGAACGGUGUGGGUUUGGGUUGCAAUUCCCGAGACCAAAGGCGUUCCCCUCGAGGAGGUCGCCCGCAUCUUCGGCGACAAUGUUGCGGUCUACGAGGCCGAUGUCCACGUUGAUCAUGAGGCCAACGAGCUUGUCGUUGACCAGCAUGGAGCUAGCGAUUCUGAACAUAUCACACGGGUCGCAACGGAGGCGGGCGUACCAGGAUAUCCAACGGGCUUCUUUGACGGUGAGAAGCGAGUCGGUGGCUCGGAGAUGAGAAGCGAGCAUUUGGACGACGUUCGGAAGUAUUGA